CGCUCAAGCAUGCUUUGCUUGGCUGUGGCUGCGACCGGACGUGCGUGUGCCCAGUACAAGUGCUUUUCAGUCAGCCGGCUUGAGGACUUAAACUUCAAAAAGAGUUAGUGGCUGGCUUUGCCUCAGUCCCUGGCCAUGGGGGUAGGGGUUCGCCAGACCGGGACACAGAACAGGCGGUGGGAGUGGGGUGGGCGGUGUCUCGAAAUAGGCUGACAGGUACGGAACGCCAGAGCGACGCUGCCUGGCCCGACUUGCCACUUGAAGUGAGAAGCCCUGAGAACAGAGGAAGCUACAAACGCAGGCAAGGGGCCUUUUGUUAUUAUCAGGGGCGAUGUUGUGAUGACGCCAUUGCCCCGCCAGUCCCCGGUCCCGCCUGUGAGGAAAGGGAAACCCCAGGGAAGGCGGAGGCCAGCAGGGAUUCCUCAAGCCAAGCGCUCCCCUCCGUCCGCGGAGGGCAGGAAGGGCCACCCAGUGCAGCCUCUUCCGGGUCCUGCGACCUGAUGGCGUUACCACGGAGACGCCUCUCCUGAGGCCUAGCCAGUUGAAAGUUUUUGUCUACGGUCUCCUGCGGAGGGGCGCGCCAACAGGGCAGGGUCAAGACUGCAGCAGCAACGCCCCACUAUGGGCAUCGCCCCACUGAGGGGCAGAGGGAGCACCACAUUCGUCCUCAUCGGAAGGCGCUUUGCUUGUGCGUCACUUCCGGUGAGCUCAGCGGCGACACCGGCAACAUGGCCCUGAACGGCGCUGAAGUCGAAGAUUUCUCCUGGGAGCCUCCUACCGAAGCGGAGACGAAGGUGCUGCAAGCACGACGGGAGCGGCAGGAUCGCAUCUCCCGGCUCAUGGGCGACUACCUGCUGCGUGGUUACCGCAUGCUGGGCGAGACGUGUGCGGACUGCGGGACGAUCCUCCUCCAAGACAAACAGCGGAAAAUCUAUUGCGUGGCUUGUCAGGAGCUCGACUCAGACGUGGAUAAAGAUAAUCCGGCUCUGAAUGCCCAGGCUGCCCUCUCCCAAGCCCGGGAACACCAGCUUGCCUCUGCCUCGGAGCUCCCCGUGGGCUCCCGGCCUGCUGCUCAGCCCCCAGUACCCCGUCCAGAGCACUGUGAGGGAGCUGCAGCAGGGCUCAAGGCAGCUCGGGGGCUGCCCCCUCCUGCUGUGCCUCCAAAUGCAGAUGUCCUGGCCUGCACACAGGAGGCCCUCCUGCAGAAGCUGACCUGGGCCUCAGCUGAGCUAGGCUCCAGCAACUCCCUGGAGAGUAGCAUACAGCUGUGCAAUCUUAUCCGGGCUUGUGCUGAGGCAUUGUGCAGUGUGCGGCAGCUGCAGCACUGAGAGAUCCCUCCUGAGAAAAACCCUCUAGAAAAACAA